CCGCUGACGGAGGAGCAAACAUCUUCCGCUGUUUCUGUGGUGUGUUGUUAACCUCAAGAAGUCCUCGGAAGAAGUAUUUCUGCCAAGAUGCCCAGCAGCCUAUAGGACGGGAAAAUGCAAGACGGUAAGAAAAAAUCAGGCCGCCAAGCACGGAGUGUGGAACCAGCUAUUCGGUCACCUCUAGAUCCCCUGAGACGCUUUGUGGUGUUCUUGGAAACUUUUGCGCCCCUUGUGAAUUCUGUGAAUCUUGGCAUUUCCAGCCCACUUCUGUUGGGCCCUUUGCAGCUUGCUCAUAUUAAGACACAGUUGGCUCUCCAUCAGUUGAACUCUGUUGCCUCACAACAUUGUAUAGUAUCUUAUGCCUUGUUAAAUGAGGCAUUCCUGAAGAUUGCCAUGUAUAACCCUAGAGGAAAUAUGCAUCAAAACCCAAGGGGGCCUAAUACAGCUGACCCACGUGAACCUUUUCAGGGACCUAGGCAAGUUAAUCAAGGACAGCCCCCUAAUAAUCAAGGACAGCCCCCAUCUGGUCCUCGUCAUGGAAUGCCCCAACAAUUCAUGAGAAGAGAAAUGGGCACAGGAUUUUCAAAGCCAGAUGUUCGGAUCACUCAGCGUAGAAUGGAUCCAAGACAAGCAAGGGAACAGAGAAAUCAGAAGGAAGGAGUCCGUGUUUCACGCUGGGAAAAGGAGCCAUUUCCACAGGGAAAUACUAGCCAGAACCAGCCUGCUUCAGGAAGUCUUGCUGAUCAUAAUACAAAUGUUCCAAACCGUUACACAAAUGAGAGUGCAUCGAGUAUCUUGGCAAGCUUUGGCUUAUCUAAUGAAGACUUGGAGGAACUAAGUCGCUAUCCAGAUGAUCAGCUCACACCUGAAAACAUGCCUUUAAUUUUGCGGGAAAUCCGAAUGCGCAAAAUAUCUUGUCAGUUGCCUGUUCUGCCUGCUCAGAGCCGAGAAAAGGAAACCUUCCAUAGUGAUAAUGGCCGUGGUUCUGUGAUAAAGAGCAAAGUGAUUGAUUAUGGGCAUGAAAGCAAGUACGGGUAUUCUGAAGGUCCCCUUGAAGUCAAAGUGUACGAUUCUGAUGUGGCAACUGAGAAGAGCAUGAAAGGGUUUCAGGCCCAGCAGACAGCUUCGGUGCCUACUGUGCCCUCUGGUGUAGCCAAUAAUCCAAUCAAUGCUGUUGAAGAACUGAUACGACAGAUGGGGUUUCAGAGAAGUUCUCCAAAUCCUCAGACCUUUUUUGCCAUGGAUACUGCCAACAAAAUGCCUGGAUUGUGUCUGCCUUCAGCACCUGCGGCACUUAUAGCAGUCCCACCCAUGAUGCCCCCUAUGAUGUUGCCCAUGCACCCGCCUGUGAUGCCUCCUGUUCAGCAACCCUUGCCUCCACCCCCUGUGGCCCAGCCCAUGAUGCCAGCUAUGAACCAGCCACCGCCCCCUUUUGCCCCUGGAAUGCUUGAGACUUUAAACAGGAAUAACAGGAAUCAGCAGGGAUCCAGGGUGAAACCUCCUACUGGUCCCCCUGGACCUACAGGUGGUCAGAAGAAUUUCCAGAAAAUGGCCGAAAAACCUAUCGAAUCCCCUUUUGGUGUAGUGAAAGCCUCGUGGCUUCCGGUUUUUUCACAGGCAGAUGCACAGAAGUUGAAGAGACUACCUACUCCCUCUAUGAUGAAUGAUUACUAUGCUGCUUCUCCAAGAAUAUUUCCACAUAUGUGUUCUCUGUGUAAUGUAGAAUGUAGACAUUUGAAGGACUGGAUUCAGCACCAGAAUGCCACUGCCCAUAUUGAAAACUGUCGCCAGCUGCGCCAGCAGUACCCUGACUGGAAUCCUGAGGCUCACUCUUCAUCAAAAAGGCGUGAAAGUGAGAGACAGGAAUCUCAUACAUCAAGGCGACGUUCUGCUGGUCCCAGCCCAAAACGGUCAAGACGCUCAAGCUCAGGCCCGGCCAGGCGUCGGUCGCGAUCUAGGAGCCCUGGGUAUCACAGGACCACUCGGCCAAGAAGUCGAAGCCCAAAGCGCCUACCUAGUCCCAGACGUAGGUCAAGGUCUCCAUGGCGACCUCUGCAUUCUAGUGCACAGUCUCCAAGACCUUCCAGCAAGGAAAAAGAAUCAGGAAGAUUUACUAAAUCUACAGAUGAGGCCUUGGAAGCUGUAGUGAAAUGUUUAGGGCCUCGUUUUGUUGAACAGUUCAAUAAACAGAAAUCACUCCAAGGUGUAGGCCGAGGGACCUUGGGACCAAGGAGGAUGCCACCAGAGCCAGGGAAUACACCUGGGAAUGCAAAGAACAUGAGUGGUCUUACCGUUCCUCAGUGGACUUCCAAGAGGGAUUCACUUUCUCAUCAUGGCCCAUCUGAUAUUAAAACCAAGGCUGCUGGUAUGUCAAACAAAGGAGGACUGGAUGUGGAAGACAAAAACAAGAAAUUGCCCUUGGGUGCACCAGCAAAGGAAAUAAGUAUUGCAGACCCAGCUCCUUACAAUAGGCUUUUAUCAGAUAAACUAUUGAGUUGCGGGACAGUUCUUCAUAUAUCUAAUCUUCCCGAUGAUGGCUAUUCAGAUCGUGAUAUUGAGAAAAUUGUUCAGCCCUUUGGAAAAGUUAGUGACAUCUUAGUGCUUCGUUCUAGAAAUGAGGCUUUCCUAGAAAUGAAUUAUAAGGAAGCAGUAAUAGCAGCUGUCAAAUACGGUGAAACAGUUCCAGUUUUAGUUAAUGGGAGGCGUGUGAAAAUAAGCAUUGCAGAAAAGCCCAAAGCACCUCCCAGCCAGCUGCAGAAAAAAGGAAAUGAGAAGCAAGCCGCGCAGAAUAUCAAAAAGCCUCCUCUGAACACAAAGAAAGAUCAAAUCAACCCUGCUGCUAAAAUGCCCUCACCUAUGACCUCUACUUCAAAAACUAAUGAGAAGAAGCCUGGAGAACCACAAAAGGUUGGAGAGAUGAAGACAGCUGUGGAACAGAAGAAGGCAGAAAAUCUGACAAAAUCUAGGGUCACAAAUGCAUCUAUGGAACAAAAGAAACCUGCAGAUCCUAAGAAGUCUGAGGAGACCAAAAAAACAUUAGUUACUAAUAAGAGUGCAGACCCCAAGAAAACUACUGACUCUGGUAAGAUUACAGACCCCAAGAAAAUUGCUGACUCCAGCAUGAUCACUGGCCCCAAGAAACUGGUUGACUCUGGCACAAUCAUAGAUCCCAAGAAAAUGGCUGAAUCCGGUACAGUUGCAGGCCCCAAGAAAACGGCUGAAUCCGGUACAGUUGCAGGCCCCAAGAAAAUGGCUGAAUCCAGUACAAUUGCAGGCCCCAAGAAAACGGCUGAAUCCAGUACAAUUGCAGGCCCCAAGAAAACAACUGACUCUGCUGUGGUUGCAGGCCCCAAGAAAACAGCUGAUUCCAAUACAAUUGCAGGCCCCAAGAAAACGGCUGACUCCGGUAUCAUCGCAGGCCCCAAGAAAACAACUGACUCAGGUACGAUCGCAGGCCCCAAGAAAACGGCUGACUCCGUUAAGAUCACAGACCCCAAGAAAACAGCCGACUCCAUUAAGAUCACAGACCCCAAGAAAACGGCUGACUCUGGUAAGAUUCCAGACCCCAAGAAAACAGCCGACUCCGUUAAGAUCACAGACCCCAAGAAAACAGCCGACUCCGUUAAGAUCACAGACCCCAAGAAAACGACUGACUCCAAGGCAAAAGAAACUAACAACCGUAUAGAUGUGCCAGGCACUGUGGAGGCCGUGCAGAGUACAGAAGCCGGUGACUCAGGCAUUCAGGAAGCAGAAGAUACAUGUGUGGUGGUGAUUUCUAAUCUGCCUGAGGCUGGGUUAACUCUGGAUGAAAUUUUCAACCUAACCAAGCCCUUUGGAGGAAUGAAAGAUGUUUUAAUUCUUCCUUCACAUAAAAAGGCAUAUAUAGAAAUAAGUCAAAAAUCUGCAGACUCCUUGGUGAAAUUUUAUACCUGCUUUCCAAUGUGGGUGGAAAUGAACAAGUUGUGCAUUAGUAUGGCGUCUGAAUUCAAAGAUAUAAAAGAUGAGGAAGCUAUAUUUAUAGCUAUGAUUAAAGACGCCAAUCCAAAGGUGAACGUGGAAGCUCUUCAUGCACAGUUUGUGCAUCUUGGCAAUCUGCCCGACGGAGGAUACUCCGAACUUGAAAUACUGUGUGUUGGGCUUCGAUUUGGACGAGUGGAUCACUAUGUGGUGAUAAGUAAUAAGAACAAGGCAAUCCUUCAGUUGGAUAGUGCUGAGUCGGCUGCAUCCAUGUGCCGCUUUCUAAAAAGAUACCCUUACAGUUUGGGGGAGUCACAGUUGACUUUCUAUCGAUCUCCAAAGAUUGAACCUUUGCAACCUGAAGUCACAAAGAAGGAGGUGAAAAAACAAGAGCCAAGCAAAGAGAGCCCUGACUUGAAAAAAAAUCCCGAAGGAUCAGGAUUGGUGCACACAGUGGUCGUUUCUUCAGCAAAGCCCACUGAGGCCAAGGAAGAGCCUAGCUCUAAGUUGAAGACUGCAAUGGAAGUGAAGACUGAACAUUCAGAGAAGAUGGAAUCUGAAGUUGCUUCAGAGCCAUCAAGGACUGUAAUGUUGGAAGGAGAGUUGGCAGCAUCAGCUACCACGCUAGAUGACUUGAGUUCAUCUGAAGUAAAAUCUGAAAAAGUCUUUGCUUUGCCAUGUGACCUCGGAAACAAAGAAAAGGUUACAGAUAAGUCUAAUGCUGAAUUGCUGGGAAAUGCACUUACCUCUAGAGCAGGGAACAAAGAUGAAGAACCAGCUGACCCUACUGGUGAGCUCUCAGGACCAUCGAGCAGCACAGCCAAAAUGGAAGGGACAGGAGCAGGUCCUUCCAAGAUGGAGAAAAGUGUGGAGACAGCUCCUGCCAUCUUUGAGACAGUGCCACUGGACUCUACGGAGGCUCCGGUGGAGGAAUUGUCAGCUGGAGACCUACAGUCAAGCUCUGGGUUGGUAUCUCCAGGGAUAGAUCCUAGCAGUGCAUCAAGGAAGCUGCCUGAAAUGUCUGCCCCUGAGGAGGGGGUGAUGGAAGACAAGGAGCCUAAGAAUAGCUUGUCAACAGCUGAAGGCACUAUGAAGGCAGAACCUGAGGCAACCGGGCCUGAGAUUAUGGAACCUGCAAAGGAAAAGCCUGAACUACAGAUGGUGAAGGUGGAGGCAGCCUCAGAGAAUCAGGCUGGAAUGCUGGUAUCAAAUGAAGAUUUAGCCCAGGAGCAGAAAUCUAAAAAGAAGGCAGAUGAUGAUAGUCGUGAGGUGACUUUGGCUAAGUCACAGCCAAGUAAAGGAAUAGGACAAACUCAAAGUGACGAAUCCAGCAAAGCUGCUGCUCUUGCUGCAGAAUCGGCAACCAGUGCAGAAGCUACUUCUGUUAGCAGAACCAUCUUAAAGGCUUUGAUGUCUGUUCCAAAUAUAUCAAAGGCAAGAACCACAACAAGAAGGAAGGAGGAGAAGAAGCUUGCCUUAAAGACAGGAACCCAGAGCGGCACAGUUGCAGAGAAGAAACUUGUGCCAAAAGAACCAAGUCAGCAAAGACCUACAAACAGCAGGUCACACUUGCCAGACAGCAAAUGUAAACCGAGCCCGAGUUCUCUUGUUUUUAAGGUAGGCAUUGGGAAGAGUUCAUCGCAGCAAGAAAAAGUCUCCCAAGUGGAAAGUAAGGGUAGCUCAAAGCAGACCCAAGAGCAAGAAAAUAGAUCAUCCAGCGCGAAGCGUGACAGCAGCAAAGAAAAGGUAUUUACUGGGAGGACUACUAGAAGUUCUAGCAGUAGCGUAAAGCCAAAAGAGGAAGAAGAGCUUUUCCCAUUUAACUUGGAUGAGUUUGUUACUGUGGACGAAGUUACAGAUGAAGCCGAUUCUCCUGCUCAGCCUAGGAGGAACCCUCCAAGGAGCAAGAGAAAGGACACUUCCUAUGAGCCUGUCUCCAAGAGAAGGAAGGGCAAGAACUCUGUUGCCCGUGGAGCUGCUGAGAGUGAGCUCUCUUUUGUUACGUUAGAUGAGAUUGGAGGAGAUGAAGGUGGAAUGGCCCCCAUGGCAGAACAUUUGGAAGCCAUGCCAGAUCCCAAGGUGUUGGUCACGGUUGACGAAUUGAACGAUGAGGAAGAGCUCAUUUCUGAAGUCACCCAAGAUCCACAGUCCCUUGUCACUUUGGAUGAGAUCUCUGAGCAAGAGGACCCUGCUGUUCAUGAGACUGCAAAAGAAGCAGACAGUGUGCCAGACCUUAAAGCAGAGCCCUUAGUAACAGUAGAUGAAAUUGGAGAAGUGGAAGAGCUGCCUCUAAAUGAGCCUUCACAUUUCAAGACUGUUGAGACCUUAAAUGAUAGGCAAGAAGAAAAGGAGGCAUUUGAAGAUUCUGGAGAUCUCCUUUCUUCCCAAGUGCCAGAAGAUCCAAGCACUUUAGUUACAGUGGAUGAAAUCCACGAGGACAGUGAUGAUCAGCCUCUAGUGACUUUGGAUGAAGUAGCUGAGGAAGAGGAUGACUUCUUGGCAGACUUCAAUAAUAUGGAAGGAGAGCUUAACUUUGUCACUGUAGAUGAAGUUGGCAGCGAAGAUGAUGAAGAAGAAAAGGUCACUGUUACAAGCACAGAUCUGGAGGAGUCGGUUGCCACCACAGGGCCAGAAAAGGAGACUGCAGCUGCAGUUACUGAACCAACAGAGGAUUUGCUAUCAGCUGCCAAGCAAGGAGAAACGGUCGUUCUGGACGACACCUCACCAGGAGAGAAAGCCUGUGCCGGGGAGGAUCUUCCUGAGGAAAAUAAGGCAACUGAGGCACAGGUGGAGGCUGCUGAAAAGGAGGCUGUUGCUGCGGAAACAGACGUGCAGGAAGCUGUCUUGGUAGAAACUGAGAAGGGUGAAGAAGGGAAAGACUUGGAGCAAGCCCUGAAAGAAGAGACUGAAGCAGAAGCAGAAGCACAGUGUGAGCAACCGUCAGCAGAAUCGACUGUGAAUCUGACAGAAGGUGAUGCGGAGGACCGCCAGCAGCCUUCUGCAGAAUCGGAGACCCCUGAAAAGGAUCUGGAGGCCAAAGCGAUGGAAACGGAUGUUGUGGGAUGCUCGGAACCGGCUCCUCGUGAGGAGCAAACAGGGAAGCCUUCAGCCCUGGAGGCUUCUGUCGGAGAAAGCCAGACUAGAAGAAAUGAGGAUACAGAGGCAGGAGCUGAGCGGCUUGGCCAGGACCCAGACUGCAAGCAGGAGAGCGGCCGUGAGGGGACAGCCUCACAAUCUCUUGAGAAGCCUGAGAAAGAAUUGGCUGGAUCAGAAUGUGAAGAACAAGAGCCUGAACGGAAAAUAGAUUUGUCAGAGAAAUCAAAGGCCCCAGAUAACGUGGAAGAUUUAGACUUCCUAGUCCCAAGAGCUGGCUUUUUCUGCCAGAUUUGUUCCUGCUUCUGUGUGGAUGAAGCUUCUAUGAAAACCCACUGCCAGUCUCCACUUCAUCAGCAAAAUAAGAAGAAGUUCAUGAACCAGAAAGCAGAGGAGGAGGAAAAAAAGGAGGCCGAAGGGGAUGCUGAGGGAGAGAGUCUGAGGUGAUGCCAAGACAAGAGCCUCCAAGUUCGUCUCUAGGGGUCCACUUAAGUCUGUGUCUUAUGUUUAGUUUAGUUUUGUUCUGUUAACUUACAGACUUGAGUUGUGUAUAUAUAUACCUGUCUCAGUGUAGAUGAUUAGAAUUGUGUGAUUUUUUUUUUUAUUGCUGUAAUGUAAUGGUCCUGGCAGCAUUUAAAUAAAUGUUCUUAUUCUGUAGUCCAAACAAA